GCUAAUCAGCGCUCCAGCCAAUCAGCUCCAGCCAAUAAGUGGCUCCAGCCAAUCAGCGAGCAACCAGUCAGUGCUCCUGCCAAUCAGGUGUGACCCUCCCCUGGUCUGGGGGCCUCACAGUGCGCCACCUGGGGCAGUUUCACCAGGGCGAGCAUCUGUGUAGUCCCCAGGCUUCUGUUACCCCAGGAAACGGUUCUGCCCACCUGCCAACCAGCUGUGCUGUUGGAGGAUCGCUGCGCAACCUGUCAGAAAGGGGCCUGCUGGUUGGUUGCUUUUUGAAAGCAAACGCUUGUGUGGCGUUUGAUUGGCUCUGGCCUUGUGUUUUUGAAGGGAAGAGAGCUUGAAGAACUGGGAGAUCACCUGGCUGUCCCGACACGGGGAAGACAUGAUUGUGACUCCGUUUGCGCAGGUCCUGGCCAGCCUGCGCACGGUGAGGACCAAUUUCGCCAUGCUGACGCACCUGCAGGAUCGCGUCGCCAACAGGAGGUCGUGUGGCAGCAGCGCCCCCUCCAUGUGCAAGCAGAGCCUGCAGGAGGAGCCGGGGCAGAAGCUGUCCAUGGAGACGCUGGAGGAGCUGGACUGGUGUCUGGAUCAGCUGGAGACCCUGCAGACCCGCCACUCAGUCGGCGAGAUGGCCUCCAAUAAGUUUAAAAGGAUGCUGAACCGCGAGCUAACGCAGCUGUCCGAGACAAGCCGCUCGGGGAACCAGGUGUCAGAGUUCAUCUCCAGCACCUUCUUAGAUAAGCAGCAUGACAUGGAGAUCCUGUCCCCGCCGCCCAAGGAGAAGACAAAAUGGCCGAUGUCCCAGAUCAGCGGCGUGCACAAAUCCAACCCCGUCCCCGCCCCCUCCAGCAUACCCCGAUUUGGGGUCACCACGGAGCAGGAGGGUUCGCUGGCUAAGGAGCUGGAAGACGUCAACCGAUGGGGUGUGGACAUUUUCAAGAUAGCGGAAUAUUCCGGAAACCGGCCGCUAACGGUGGCGAUGUACGCCAUUUUCCAGGAGAGGGAGCUGCUCAAAUGCUUCAAAAUCCCCGCUGACACCUUCAUCACCUUCACCAUGACGUUGGAGGAUCAUUACCACGGCGACGUGGCCUACCACAACAGCAUCCACGCAGCGGACGUGAUACAGUCCACCCACGUCCUGCUGUCCACCCCGGCACUAGAGGCAGUCUUCACUGACCUGGAGAUCCUGGCGGCUCUGUUCGCCAGCGCCAUCCACGACGUGGACCACCCCGGCGUCUCCAACCAGUUCCUCAUCAACACCAACUCAGAGCUUGCUCUCAUGUACAAUGACUCCUCCGUCCUGGAGAAUCACCACCUGGCUGUGGGGUUCAAGCUCCUGCAGGAGGAGAACUGUGACAUCUUCCGGAACCUCAGCAAGAAACAGUGGCAGUCCCUGCGCAAGAUGGUGAUCGACAUGGUCUUGGCCACAGACAUGUCCAAACAUAUGAACCUGCUGGCUGACCUGAAGACCAUGGUGGAGACCAAAAAAGUGACCAGUCUAGGGGUGCUACUGCUGGACAACUACUCCGACCGCAUACAGGUCCUGCAGAACAUGGUGCACUGCGCGGACCUGAGCAACCCCACCAAGCCGCUGCAGCUGUACCGCCAGUGGACCGACCGCAUCAUGGAGGAGUUCUUCAGCCAGGGCGACCGCGAGCGCGACCGCGGCAUGGAGAUCAGCCCCAUGUGCGACAGGCACAACGCCUCGGUCGAGAAGAGCCAGGUGGGGUUUAUAGACUACAUUGUGCACCCCCUGUGGGAGACAUGGGCGGACCUGGUGCACCCCGACGCCCAGGACAUCCUGGACACUCUGGAGGACAACCGGGAGUGGUACCAGAGCAUGAUCCCCCACAGCCCGGUCAGCAUGUCCGAGGGGCAGGACCAGGGCGUGGCGGGGGGCGGGGCCAGCGUGGGCGUUGGCCUGGCUCCUGGGGAAAAGUUCCAGUUCCAGCUGACCCUGGAGGAGGAGGAGGGGGAGGAGGUGGAGUCAGAGUGCCAGAUCCCACCCCAGGGUGAGGGGGAGGGGCAUGACACCAGGUGGGCGGAGUCAUCCAGGCUCUGCCAGCCAUUGGGCCGCUCCCAUCAUGCCCUGGUUUUUGGGCCCGCCCACAGGACGUUGGUCCUGACCUCAAAGGUGGACGAUAUGCCCGACUCUGAGGAUGAGGAGGGAGAAGCAGAUGAGGAAGAGGAGGUAGACACUACACGUCAUCAGCAGAACACGUAGCAGCAGCCCCAGGCCAGCUGUGUGUGUGUGUGUGUGUGCGUGUGCGUGUGCGUGUGCGUGUGCGUGUGCGUGUGCGUGUGCGUGUGUGUGUGCGU